CCAUGGCGUCCUCGGCGUCGCGCUUGUCGUGGAAGCGGACGAAGGCGAAGCCGCGGGACUCCUUGGUGUAGCGGUCCCGCGGGAUGUACACGUCCCCGACGCGGCCGUACUUCUCGAAGACGCGCCUCAGCGUGUCGGGCGAGGUGCGGGUUGUCAGGGGCUUCGGCUGGAGGAGGAGAGGUGACUGCCCUGGGCCGCUGCUGCCCUCCGACCAAGAGGAGCCAGAAUGUCCCCGGAAUCUAAAAAGCUUUUCAACAUCAUCAUUCUAGGAGUUGCCUUUAUGUUUAUGUUCACCGCCUUUCAAACUUGUGGAAAUGUGGCGCAAACUGUCAUCAGAAGCUUAAAUAGCACAGAUUUUCAUGGCAGUGGAUAUACCAGCUUGGCAAUUAUUUAUGGCGUGUUCUCUGCUUCAAAUUUGAUCACUCCCUCCGUGGUCACCAUCGUAGGACCUCAAAUCUCUAUGUUUGUCAGCGGCUUGUUUUACAGCAUGUACAUUGCCGUUUUUAUCCAGCCUUUCCCAUGGUCCUUCUACACGGCGUCUGUUUUCAUUGGAAUUGCAGCUGCUGUGCUUUGGACAGCACAAGGAAACUGCCUGACAAUAAAUUCCGAUGAGCACACAAUCGGGAGAAACAGCGGCAUUUUCUGGGCACUCUUACAGUCUAGCUUGUUCUUUGGAAAUCUCUACAUAUAUUUUGCCUGGCAAGGGAAAACUCAAAUUUCAGAGAAGGACCGAAGGACAGUGUUCAUUGCCCUGACGGUGAUAAGUCUCGUGGGAACUGUUCUGUUCUUUCUUAUUCGGAAACCGGACUCUGAGAAUGUCCUUGGAGAAGAAGAGUCUUGCGAUGACCAGGACAUGGAAGCCCCUGAGUCUGCCCAGAACAAUGUGACGAAGGCAGUAGAUGCGUUUAAAAAGUCUCUGAAGUUAUGUGUCACCAAGGAGAUGCUCCUUCUAAGUGUUACGACUGCCUAUACAGGUCUGGAGCUCACUUUCUUCUCUGGGGUGUAUGGGACCUGUAUUGGGGCCGUAAACAAAUUUGGGACAGAAGAGAAAAGCCUCAUCGGACUCUCUGGAAUUUUCAUCGGCACUGGAGAAAUUUUAGGUGGAAGCCUCUUCGGCCUGCUGAGCAAGAAUAAUCGAUUCGGCAGGAACCCAGUGGUGCUGCUGGGCUCCCUGGUGCAUUUAAUAGCCUUCUACCUGAUCUUCCUCAACAUGCCCGGAGAUGCGCCCAUCGCCCCCGUGGAAGGGACUGACAGUGUUGCGUACAUCAGGCCCAGCAAAGAAGUUGCCAUUCUCUGCAGUUUUCUGCUGGGCCUGGGAGACAGCUGCUUCAACACCCAGCUGCUUAGCAUUUUGGGCUUUCUCUACUCAGAGGACAGUGCGCCAGCUUUUGCAGUCUUCAAGUUUGUUCAGUCGAUCUGCGCAGCUGUGGCUUUUUUCUACAGCAACUACCUCCUCCUCCACUGGCAGCUCCUGGUCAUGGUGAUAUUUGGGUUUCUUGGAACCGUUUCAUUCUUCACUGUGGAGUGGGAUGCUGCUGCCAUCGUGGCCCGAGGCUCUGACUACCGAAGUAUUUGAUGAGGCCCAAGUCUCCAAGAAACAGACGGUCACAUUACAGAGCUAGUUCAAGCAGCUGCCUGCAUAACCGAUGAACGAUGACGUUGAGUCUGGCGGAGACUCUGGCGUUGAGCUCACGGAGCCUCACGGUUUAAAGCAGGAGAGUUAGGGAACCCUGUUGUCAGCUCCAGCCCUCGUUUGUCCACCCACCUUCCUCAGCUUCCCACAAUCAUGUCUCGUCCUCCUUCUCACGGAAAGACCCUGCCUGGAAUGCCAUGUGUCACUCAGGAUUCUUGCGAGCUGUGGAGUAUGUUUCACUACUUAGGACCAGGAAGCAGAUGCCACUCCACGCGUGGCUCUGGGAAGGACUUUCAAAUAAAUGGUGAGGGCGCUGAGACACAGUUGUUUUGAGAUAGGGCCUCACUGUGUAGCCCAGGCUGGCCUGGGACUUGCAGCCCUCCCCCUGCCUCCGGGGUUGGGUUGUAGAGUGUGCCCAACACACAAUUUAAAAUGCCCAGUCUUUUUUGAGGUAGGAGCUUGAUAUGCAGCCUUGACUGGCCUGGACUUUGUAUGCCAGAAAAUGCUCCUGCCUUUGCCUCUAGAAUGCUGGGAUGAUGAGAAUACGCCACCACGCACACUCGGCACGAGACCUUAGCUUCUCUUGAAAUGCUUUGUUGAACAAGUCCUCUUACCCUUCCUGGCGAGGAGUAGCCAGUUACAUGUCAUGAAAUGAAGUAAAGACUGCCAUUUGUCGAUUAAUAAAAGCUUAUUUAGAGAAGUAAAGAAUGUUUACUCCGGGA